AUGAGUUCAAGGUAUCACAAAUAAGAUUAGAAAUUUGACAAGGAGUUCUUAGCAAUAGUAGAUGCAUUUGGAGGGAAGAAUUGUACUAGCUGGACUUAAGUAGCUAGAAAAUUUGAAUUAUAAACAGGAGAGAAAGUAUAGAAAGCUAAUACACUUCGAUAUCGUUGGGAAUAAUUAACAGGAUAUUCAGAGAAUUUUACAAAAGAAUAAUAAAUAUAACUUAUAGAAAGUGAUAUAAAAUCUAGAGGGGUUAAAAGAUAAGGACUAAAUGAUUUCUAUUAAUUAACAGGAAUUAAGUAAUUAAAAUAAAAUAGAUUUUAGAUUAUAUAAAGGAAGAUUUUGUAGAAUAUCUUCAUAACAUAUAAAAUAAGCAAUAUAAUCAAUUGAUGAAGUAUUUGCAAAAGAAAGAAAACAUAGAAGAUGUGGAAAAAAAGAUGCAGAAUUUAGAUUAAAAUUAUCACAUUUAAGCAUUUAUAUUUUAUUAAGAGCUAAAGAUACAUUGACAUCUGAUGGAUUCAAAUAAAAAAAUAAAGGAUUAGAUCAAUUUGAAUAAUAUCUAUGUUAAUAAUUAAUAGAAAUGUCAGAAUUAUGUGAAAGAUUAUUUUUAAUGCAUGCUAGAGUAUUUUAAGCAGAUAGAGUUGAUAGAUAUUAAUCAUAUAUGAAAGUAAUUAAUAGAAACUAAUACAGAAAGUUAAUGUUUUAUAUAGAAUACUUAGAUAUUCUUAGAAAAAUAAGUGUUGAAUAAUGUACUAAUGAUACAAUGGUAUCUCAUCCUUUAGUACUUAGAAAUAUUAAAUAAAACAAAGAAACUUUAAUAUAUAAGAAUCUCAUAUUAGAAAAUGAUUGGAGUUAAAAAUAUUAAUGGUUUAAUGAAUGUACACUUACAUAAAUUUAAGAAGAAGAUUAUUCUUUAUUAUUAAAAUCUAAUACAAAGAAAUCAAAACCUAAAAGUUCAUAAUGUAGUAUUGAUCCAUCUGAAAUUGAUGAUUUAAGAUCUAAUAAGAAAAUAGAAAUUAAUAAUCUAUAAUUUGAUUUCAUUCCAAAACAUUGUAAUAAAGUUUAUGCUAAAAUCAAUUCUGCAAAAGCUAAUAAUAAAAAUCAAAAAGAAUAUAGAAAAUUUAGAGGUCAUUUUAUUAAACCUGGAGAUACGAGAACAGAUACUAGAUAUACUAAGAUUUUCACAUGUGAUGAUGAUUCAGAAUAUGAUGCUGAUCAAAAUGAAUAAGAGGCAUAAUUAUAAGCUAAUUCUAGAUAAGAAAAAUUAUAGAUACUCUAUAAUGAAGCAUUUAUUUCAGUACCAAAUAAAAAGAAAUAAAAUUAAGAAUAUGCAUGA